CUUCCGGUGCGCCGGGCACGGAGAGGCGGUGAGGACGGGGGCACGCAGACACGCACGCGUGCGCGCCCUCCUUUACUCGUGCCGCCGCGGCUGCUCCCGCGUACACCAGCAACGCCCGUCUAUUCGGCCGAGAUGCUGCGGGCCUGUCAGUUAUCCGGCGUGACUGCCGCCGCUCAGAGUUGUCUCUGUGGGAAGCUUGUCCUCCGUCCAUUGCGACCAUUUCGCAGAUAUUCUACUUCAAGGAGUUCUGGGUUGACUACUGGAAAAAUUGCUGGAGCUGGCCUUUUGUUUGUUGGUGGAGGUAUUGGUGGCACUAUCUUAUAUGCCAAAUGGGAUUCUCAUUUCCGGGAAAGUGUUGAGAAAACCAUACCUUACUCUGACAAACUUUUUGAAAUGGUUCUUGGUUCUGUACCUUAUAAUGUCCCAUUACCAAUUAAGCCGAUUCAACCUGGUCCACUAAACAUUUCUAGUGUAUCAGAGGUAAAGAAGGAAUCUAAACAGCCUGCCUCACAACUCCAAAAACAGAAGGAAGACACUCCAGCUCCAACAUCAGCACCUACAGAGGCAGCUCAAAUUAUUUCUGCAGCAGGUGAUACACUUUCCGUCCCAGCUCCUGCCAUUCAGCACGAGAAGUCUGUAAAAUCUGAUGGCCCUGAAAUUGGAGGAAAACCCCCAUCUGAAGUUUCAGAGGAAGCAUCCCCAACUAUAAGGGAACGACCACCUGAAGAAGUUGCAGCUCGCCUUGCACAACAGGAAAAACAAGAGCAAGUUAUGAUUGAGUCUCUAGCCAAGAGCUUAGAAGAUUCUCUGAGCCAAGCUGCUUCCAUCACUCAGCAGGCUAUUGCUGCCCAGAAUGCUGCCGUCCAGGCCGUGAAUGCACAUGCCAACAUACUAAAAGCAGCCAUGGACAACGCUGAGAUUCCAAGUGAGAAGAAGUCUGCUCAGUGGCGUACAGUGGAGGGUGCAUUGAAAGAACGCAGAAAAGCAGUAGAUGAAGCUGCUGAUGCUCUUCUCAAAGCCAAAGAAGAAUUAGAGAAGAUGAAAGGUGUAAUUGAAAAUGCAAAGAAGGAAGAGGUUGCUGGGGCCAAAACUCAUAUAACUCAUGCAGAAGGAAAACUUCACAACAUGAUAGUCGAUUUGGAUAACAUGGUCAAGAAGGUCCAAGCAGCUCAGUCUGAGGCUAAGGUUGUCUCUCAGUAUCACGAGCUGGUGGUCCAAGCCCGAGAUGACUUUAGGCGAGAGUUGGAGAGUAUUACUCCAGAAGUUGUUUCUGGAUGGAAAGGGAUGAGUAUUUCUGACCUAGCUGAUAAGCUCUCCACUGAUGAUCUGAACUCCCUGAUUGCUCACGCACAUCGUCGCAUUGACCAGCUAAAUAGAGAGCUAGCGCAACAGAAAGCCAUAGAGAAACAACACAUUGCAUUAGCCUUGGAACAACACAAGGCAGAAGAAAAGCGAGCAUUUGACGCUGCAGUGGCAAAAGCAUUAGAACGCCACAGAGAUGAAAUACAGGCUGAACAGGACAAAAAGGUGGAGGAAGUCCGAGAUGCCAUGGAGAAUGAAAUGAGAACCCAGCUUCGCCGACAGGCCGCUGCCCACACCGAUCACUUACGAGAUGUUCUUAGGGUGCAAGAACAGGAACUAAAGUAUGAAUAUGACAAGGAUCUGUCUGAGAAACUCUCUGAAAAAGAAUUAGAGUUCCGUCGUCGCAGUCAAGAGCAAGUCGAUAGCUUUACUCUGGAUAUAAACACUGCCUACGCAAGGCUGAGAGGAAUCGAGCAGGCCGUGCAGAGUCAUGCAGUUGCUGAAGAAGAAGCCAGAAAAGCCCACCAACUGUGGCUUUCCGUGGAGGCAUUGAAGUACAGUAUGAAGACCUCAUCUGCAGACAGGCGCACUAUCCCGCUGGAGAACGCAGUAGAAGCCAUCAGAGUCAACUGUUCUGAUAAUGAAUUUGCCCAAGCUUUAACUGCAGCUCUUCCUCCAGAGUCCCUGACCCGGGGGGUGUACAGUGAAGAGACCCUAAGGGCCCGUUUCCAUGCUGUCCAAAAACUAGCUGGAAGGGUAGCAAUGAUUGAUGAAACCAGAAAUAGCUUGUACCAGUACUUCCUCUCCUACUUGCAGUCCCUGCUCCUGUUCCCGCCGAAGCAACUGAAGCCACCAGCAGAACUCUGCCCUGAGGAUAUAAACACAUUUAAAUUACUGUCAUAUGCCUCUUAUUGCAUUGAGCAUGGUGACCUGGAGCUGGCAGCAAAAUUUGUCAAUCAGCUGAGAGGGGAGUCCAGACGUGUGGCACAGGACUGGCUGAAGGAAGCCCGAAUGACCCUAGAAACUAAGCAGAUAGUGGAGAUCCUGACAGCAUAUGCCAGCGCCGUAGGAUUAGGAAGCACUAGAAUACAGGAAGAUUAAGGGCGAGGAAGAGAUGUGUAAUGUCUUAUUUCAUGUCAAAGGAAAUCAGUAGUGAUAUAAGGGUUUGCAACAAGGGUUCCAGAAUUGUCUAGACAUAAGCAGGUUGCAGUCCUGUACUUAAUGUUAACACCUGUUGCAUUUAUCUUCUUUCCACUUGCUAUCAUGUCAAUGAACUCCAGGAGUGCUUUCUUUGCAACUUGUGUAACAUUUCCUGUUUUUCAGGUUUUACUGAUCAGGCUUGUGAGCCAAUCAAAAUAAUGUUUGUGAUCCCUACUAUUGAUUCUGCCCUUGGAGCAAACUGAAUAAAGCACCGUGAUGAAAGCCGAGUACCUUA